CGACAAGUCAGCCAUCUUGAUUUUUUUGCAUGCCAAAUUAUAGUCGUAUAUACCCUGUAAGUUUCUUAUAUUUUCGAAUUUCUUAGCUUUAGAGGCCGUUCCAGGGCCACAUCCGGCUGUUGCAUGCCUCUGACAAGUACAGAGAAGAGCCCGUUCAUAAAAACGGAACUGGAGACAAAUCUCAAAAAGCGCAGACCGGACGAAAACAAUCAUCAUCUCCAGAACUCGAGUAAGAAAUUUCGUGACGAUUCACCUAAUGAAAGCUCUCCCAUGGCUGACUCUACACAAAGAAGGCCCAAUUUUUCAGCGUUGAAUCCAACAAAUAAUGGGUUUACAAACAGGACAUCACCCUUGGCAAAUACCAAGCCUGGAUCCACCAAAAAACUAGUAAUCAAGAACUUUAGAGUAAAACCAGAGUUACCAGAGAACUAUCAGGAAAGGACAUGGGGAAAACUAAAAGAAGCUGUACAAGCUAUCCACAAGCACACAUCUAUCAAAUACAGUUUAGAAGAACUUUAUCAAGCUGUUGAAAAUAUGUGUUCACAUAAGAUGUCAGCAUCAUUAUAUGACAAAUUAAAAAUUGUGUGUGAAGAACAUGUAAAGGCACAAAUUUCACUGUUCAUAGGUGAUUCAACAGAUAGUGUCUCUUAUCUGAAAAUAUUAAAUAAUUGUUGGCUUGACCACUGCAGGCAAAUGAUAAUGAUACGUAGUAUAUUUUUAUUUCUGGACCGUACAUACGUGCUGCAGAAUUCAUUAAUAUCAUCAUUAUGGGACAUGGGUCUGGAGUUAUUUCGUCAGCAUAUUAUCAGUCACAGAAUUGUUGAAGCAAGAACAGUGGAUGGAUUACUGUUAUUGAUAGAUCGGGAACGAAAUGGUGAAGUUGUGGAUCAUAGUCUAUUGAAAAGUUUAUUACGAAUGUUGUCAGAUUUGCAGAUCUAUGAAGAAGCCUUUGAGUGUAAAUUCCUUGAUGCAACAGAUAAACUAUAUGCAGCAGAGGGUCAACGACUAAUGCAAGAAAGAGAUGUACCAGAAUACCUUGCCCAUUGUGACAGGAGAUUAGAAGAAGAAUCACAGAGAAUAUUACAUUACUUAGAUCACUCUACAAAGAAAUCAUUAAUUGCUUGUGUAGAAAAGCAACUACUUGAAGUCCAUGUUAACAGUAUCAUUCAGAAAGGAUUAGAUGUUCUUAUUGAUGAGAAUCGAACAAAAGACUUGGCCUUGAUGUGCAACUUAUUUCAAAGAACAAAAUCUGGUCUUCAAGAACUCUGUAUGAAUUUUGGAAUAUACAUUAAGAAAACUGGUACAUCUAUAGUAAUAAAUCCAGAGAAAGAUAAGACAAUGGUACAAGAACUGCUAGACUUCAAGGAUAAAAUGGAUUAUAUUCUCAACCAUUGUUUUGCUAAGAAUGAUAAAUUUGUUAAUAUAGUAAAAGAAGCAUUUGAGACAUUCAUCAAUAAAAGAGUGAAUAAACCAGCAGAGCUUGUAGCUAAGUAUGUUGAUAAUAUAAUGAGAGCUGGAAAUAAAGAAGCUACUGAGGAAGAAUUAGAAAAAAUGUUGGAUAAAGUGAUGGUAAUAUUCAGGUUUAUACACGGCAAAGAUGUCUUUGAAGCGUUUUAUAAAAAGGACUUGGCAAAAAGGUUAUUAGUUGGAAAGAGUGCUUCAGUGGAUGCAGAAAAAUCUAUGUUAUCAAAGCUUAAACAAAAAUGUGGUGGUGGUUUUACGAGUAAACUGGAAGGAAUGUUUAAAGACAUGGAAUUAUCAAAAGAUAUUAUGGUAGCAUUCAAACAGAGCAUACAAUACCAGCAAAACCCAGGCAAUAUAGAAUUAACAGUUAACAUUCUAACAAUGGGUUAUUGGCCAACAUAUACACCAAUGGAAGUUCAUCUCCCAACUGAGAUGGUGCAAUUUCAAGAAGUAUUUAAAAAAUUUUACCUCAGUAAGCACAGUGGGCGUAAAUUACAGUGGCAGCCAAAUCUUGGGCAUUGUGUAUUGAAAGCUUGUUUUAAAGCAUCAGUCAUUUUUACUACACUAUGUGCCUUCACUGCACUACAACCAGUCAUUCAUUUUCACAACACCGCCUGCCUAUACUAUGAUAAGUUGUUUAUCAAAGAUUAUUAUCAUUGAACAGAGGAUGGUGAACUGAGAAGAACAUUACAGUCAUUAGCUUGUGGUAAGGCUAGAGUUAUAGCCAAGACACCAAAGGGCAAAGAAGUUGAUGAUGGCGACAUAUUUACAUUUAAUGAAGACUUUAAACAUAAAUUAUUUAGAAUUAAAAUCAAUCAAAUACAGAUGAAAGAAACAGCUGAAGAACAAUCUAAUACGCAAGAGAGAGUGUUUCAAGAUAGACAGUACCAGAUUGAUGCUGCCAUAGUGCGUAUCAUGAAAAUGAGGAAAACUUUGAGUCAUACAUUGUUAGUAUCAGAACUUUAUAACCAACUUAAAUUUCCAGUUAAGCCGGCAGAUUUGAAGAAACGUAUUGAAAGUUUAAUAGAUAGAGACUACAUGGAACGUGAUAAAGACAAUCCAAACCAAUAUCAUUAUGUGGCAUAGUGUUUUAUUUCCAAUAUGACUUUUGAUGAUGCCUGCUUUACACAAGACAUUGCGGGAUAAGGUGAAUGCUAGCUACCAGAUGGAAAGUGAGACAUUGAAGGCACUGACUUUUAAACUCUACAUUGCCAUGGAUGGUGAUCGGCUCCCACCAGUAUUUUAUUCAAGGAUGUGGACACACUUUUCUGCACUUUUGAUAUGAAAGCUAGAAACAAUAUUGUUAUUCUAAUUAGACAUAUCGAUCUCAUUUGAUUUUGUGCAACACACUUGUAUGUGUAAUGUGUAGCUUUUGGUACAUUACAUGCCAUUACAAUUAUGUAUUUAUGUAAAUAUGUACUAUCUUUUAGCUCAGCAAGAUUCCAGUAAGCUAUGUUUCACUUGCUAUUUUUAUUUGGUCAUUUCACCACAAUGCAUAUUCAGUUAUGUUGCAAGGGCUUGUCAGGCUACGUUUCUAUGACUACAUUGAUUUAUAUUACGUGUAAAGCCAGAUUAAAUGUCACAACUAAUUCAUAAUUUGUGUACGAUGUUUUGUCAUUAAUAUAAGUUAAUUUGUUACAUCAUUAUUAGGAAAGUUAUUUUGUCAAACAUACAUGGUAAUAGAGUUGAUUGUGUAGUGUGAAGCAGUUCUGGCAACUAAGAUGUCUAAGACUUAUCGACCUUGUGGAGGAAAUAUUUUACCAUUCUGGUGGAACCUGUUCGAAUUUUGAGCCCCAGAUUUGUGUGAUCAAUGCAGAUAUAUUCACAAUUAAUAAAAUCUGUAAAGCUU